CCAAGGGCACUUCCGGGAAGAAGUGGUUCCUUUGGCCCGCCCCUCGCAUCCUGACGUGAUUCCUCCUGCGCAGGCGUGCUGUCAGUGCCUUUCAACGCCAUGGCGGACCCAGAAUCCCUGGGCUUUGAGCACAUGGGCCUGGAUGCCCGGCUUUUGCAGGCGGUCACGGACCUGGGAUGGUCGCGACCCACACUGAUCCAGGAAAAGGCCAUCCCUCUGGCCCUGGAAGGAAAGGACCUUCUGGCCCGGGCCCGCACAGGCUCCGGGAAGACAGCUGCUUACGCGAUUCCGAUGCUGCAGCAGCUGCUCCACAGGAAGGCGAUAGGUCCCGUCGUGGAACAGGCUGUGAGAGGCCUCGUUCUUGUUCCUACAAAGGAGCUGGCACGGCAAGCCCAAUCCAUGAUUCAGCAGCUAGCUGCCUACUGUGCUCGGGAUGUGCGGGUGGCCAAUGUCUCAGCUGCAGAAGACUCAGCUUCUCAGAGAGCUGUGCUAAUGGAGAAGCCAGAUGUUGUGGUGGGAACCCCAUCUCGCAUAUUAAGCCAUUUGCAGCAGGACACCUUAAAACUGCGAGACUCCUUGGAGCUGUUGGUAGUUGAUGAGGCUGAUCUUCUUUUUUCCUUUGGCUUUGAGGAAGAGCUCAAGACUAUUCUCUGUCACUUACCCCGGAUUUACCAGGCUUUCCUCAUGUCAGCUACUUUUAAUGAGGAUGUACAAGCGCUGAAGGAACUGGUUCUACACAACCCGGUUACCCUCAAGUUACAGGAGUCCCAGCUUCCAGGGCCAGACCAGUUACAACAAUUUCAAGUGGUCUGCGAAACUGAAGAAGAUAAAUUUCUGCUGCUCUAUGCCCUGCUCAAGCUGUCGUUGAUACGAGGAAAAUCCCUGUUAUUUGUUAACUCUUUGGAGCGGGGUUAUAGGCUUCGCCUAUUCUUGGAACAGUUUAGCAUCCCCUCCUGCGUGCUCAAUGGAGAACUCCCACUGCGCUCCAGGUUUGACAUCAUAUUGCUUAGCAAUAAGUUUUGCAAAUUCUUGGGUGCCAACAGUUAA